ACUCGGUCUCGAGCCGGGGAGAAGAGGCGGAGACCUCCGGUCGCUCCUCUGCCGUUUGGUCGUCUCUCAGUGCGGGAGUGGUGUCCAGAGCUUCGUCUCGCCGUCCUCGACGUCUCUCCUGGGUUAGAUUCCGAUGGGAAGCCGAGUUGAGAGAGAAUCGAAGAAAAGAAGGCGACUGCCUCUCCGAUCAGUUUCCGAUCCCGGCCACGACGGCAAGAGUCAUUGGUACCGUUGGCUUUCUCUCGGGGUUUCUAUUCGAUUUGGGGUCUUGGUUUUGGCAAAGGAGCUUCGGUUACAGAGAGACGAAGGAGAGAAGGAGGUUGAGUUUGCCGAUUCCAGCCACCGUCGAUGGAAAGUGAGAUGCUUGAAAUCGGGUGUGGUUGAAAUCGGGCGUAGUUGGGAUUUUGGGGCAGAGUACACCAUCGUGUACGACUGCUGUCCUUGGCGGUGGCGACAGCGUUUUGGCCUUUGUUUGGUGAUUUCCACUCAGUUAGCAACUGUAGGAGAUGUAUUUGAUUAUUAGUUAUGCUUGAAUCCACUUAUUGAUGUUGUUUUGAAUAGGUGAAUUUGAGGAUUAUUGGGUGUGACAUAAACAUACUUCUCUCUUCAUCCUCUAUAAUAUGGGUUAUUGAGUAAUUGAAUGAGUUGUAAUGAUUUUGGUUUCUGGGUUUACUUGGCUACUGCUUCGAUGUUGUUGAGUUGUGGUUGGGUUUGGACUAUGUUUGUAAUUUAAAUUGUUGGGUUGUUGUUUGACGAGGUGUUGGAGUGGGAGGACAAGGGAAGGUUCUGUACAGGCUUCUGUGUUUCCCGUGUGGGUGCACUUCAUGUGAAUUUGGUUUUAUUGUGAUAAAUGAAAUGGUCUAGAAUUGGUUAUAAUAAGAAGAUAAU